GAAACUGGUUGAUCCGCUGUCGUUUGCGCCGCCGCGCGCUGGCAUAAUGAUCGCAUGCGCGCGUACGCUCACGUCUUUGGCAAAUCUGCCAUCAACCGCGGCGUCCGAGCAGCAUCCACUGUCAUCGAAAUUAGUACGUCUGCGCGCAUUACUUGUCUUCUGAUCUUUACUUUCAUUUUUGAUGUUUGCAAAAAAAAAAAUGCUGGUGGCAUUCGUUUGAUGAAAAAUGUGAAACAAUGUGUAAAAGGCAAAAUAAUUAAUUAAAGAAGAAAAAAACGUGUUUUAACGUGUUUAGAGUGUUGAAUGAAAUAAAAUGUCAACGAUAACUAUCACCGAUCCGCGCCUGCCUUGCUACUACUUACCUACAUUUGUGCAUAACUACUACUUGUAUGUACAUCUGAUAUUUACCAAUUCGCGAAAACCGGUGACAGAAACUGUCACUUUCAAUGCGUUUGCAGCAAAGAUAUAAUCGCCGUUGCAAGAGCGAUGUGUACAUCUCUGUAAUUACCAAAAGUGUAACGCGGUUGUGGUCAUACAUGCCAAUCACCAUUUGAAUAGACCAGUUUAUUCGUAAAUGUAGCAGCAACUGAAAGCAUCUAAAUAAUAGACCAACUAAAUUAUUCGCCGCUGCAGCCAAAUUUGAAUUACGUUAAAUUUCUGGUUCCGGAAGCCAGACAGGAAAUCGAUAAUCAAUUUAUGUGCAUACUGGUUUGUGCAUACUCUUGUAUGUGCAUGCAUACAUAGAUAUUCAAAAUCUUCAGGCAAUGGCAUAUUUCAAUGCGUUUUAAUUAGAAAUCUAUAUAGAUACAUUUACUUACUUAUAUACAUAUGCACUUACUUAGAAGCCUGCGCUUUUGUUCGUUAAUUUUUAAAGCCGGACGGUGUUGAAAUUACAUACAUCUUUUUUUUCCGCUGAAAUUUGCAUUAAUAUUUGUGUUUAUGUGAAAUUAUGGUGCGGCAAGUGAGUUUAAAUAAACUGCAUUGACGUAAUUACUGAAGUGUACGCAGCUGCAUCCUGUGGAUUUGUGCAAUUUAUUUAAGAAGAAAUUAACCAACCACAAUGUUUAUCGCACACUGCCAAUUCUCCGGUGGAUUGACCGCCACAUGUGCAGCGGCUGUCAUCUGCAACCGAUGCAAUUGCUGCCAACAAAUAAAAAUAUGCAACACCAAAGAACGUGAGCUGAUAGCAAAUCAAAAAAGCAAAAACAAAAACUUAGUGCAAAUUGUGAAUAAUAACGAAAACAAAAAGAAAAAUGUUGGACAAUGUAAACGAAACAAAUACAAUGUUAGCAACAACAUUCGAUACGGCAUUGGCUACGGCCAAGUCUGCUGCUGAAGAUGCAAAUAAGACUGCAUUUAUUACAACAAGCCCCACAACGAAUUCAUCCCCAACAAAAGCAAAGACAUUUUUCAGUUGGUUUCGAGGUGGCAACGCAAAAUCACCUAAUAAAACCGACGCCGACGCCAACGCAACCACAGUAAAAGGCGUACAAACACAUAAAGACUGCAGAAUUAAGGGCGAAGAGGCGCUCCAAGCCAGGGGUAACGCCAAACAAUUACCAAGAGAGCCACCACAGCCGAGCGCGGCAGAACGCGACGUUACGCUACGUGAAUUUCGUGGCGUUCAAAGUUUGCGACAUUUGUGGAAUAAGCGCAUCAGCGCAAGUGAGGACGCAACAAGGCGGCAAAAUUCACUUAGCACCAGCAAAGCAAGCAAAUUAACAAAAUCAAUUGGUUGCUUAGUGAAUGCAGCGCGCGCGCAAGCAGAAGCUACGCAAUCGACGAGUGGUAGCGAAGGCGAGGCACUGCGGCAGAAACGCGCGCAUAGUUUGCACGAUUGUACGCAGGUGGGCGUGCAAGCAGAAGAGGCCGUUACGACAACAGCGGCAGCGGAGUCGGAAAUCGACUGUUUUCAUCGCGAAAAGGAUAACUUUUACAAGUACAAAACGGCCGAGCAGGCAGCAAAACAUUUGGCGCGCGAGUCGCGUGUGCGCACCAAGAUGACGCGGCGCGUUACAGCUGGCAUUGUGAGCAGUGAGGCGCGCGACGAAGAUGCACACUUUCCCGCGGUGCAGGCAAGUGAGCGCGGUGAGCGCAUACAUUGGCUCAAGCGGCAGGACAUGGUGUCGCGACGACGUGAAAACACAGAAAUGACAGUGGCGCAUACGCCGAUGGGCCGUGAAAAAAGUGCAGCGACAGCGCUGGCAUUAUCAGCUGACGACAUUGUUAUCAGCGAGACGGCAAACAACGCAAUGAUGGCAAUAACAACACGCCAUCGAUUCCAAUGACGAUCAACUUGAUGCGGCUAACGAAGAGAAGGCGAAGCAACGCAAACGCAAAUACGCGAAAAUUUAUGAAAAGUUCCGUUUUAGGUCGCCGUUUGUUGGAGGUCACAGCAACAAGAAACUGUCAUCAAAGCAAGCGGUGAAUGUAGCUGAAGUGAACAAUGAAUUCAAACGACCAGCGAUUGAAUUGGCUGAAGAUGCGGUGAAAACAAUUGAAAUACCGACAACACCGCAAACAAACACUUCGGCAAGCACACCAACGUCGAUGACACCAGCAUUAACAACGGCCACAGCAACGAUUACAAAAGCAACUGACCAUAAAACGGAGGGCGGAUGCAUUUUAGAUGCCGAGACAACUGCUGAGACCGAGCCCGAAUCGCGGUUACUAGAUGCGCUCGAGAUCAUCGAUCAUAAACUGCAAGACCUCACCGUAGACACAGAUGAAGAAAACACUGCCGCACUGUUGCUUUCUCCAGACGAUGACUUCGAGCAGCGUGUGCUACCAAACAACUCCUUCGUUUUUCAGGCGAGCACUAAGCAGGUGGCCAACAAUAAACUAAUUGUUGCGCAAGCGGUGAAUGUUACACUCGUCAACAGUAUUGAGGGUGAACAGCUGAUGCUGGAGCAGAAGGAAUUACAGCGCGAGCAGUGCGACUAUAGCGAGCUGGUGCGUCCACUGAGCUUGCAGUUGGAACAGCCGGUUUUAGUUGCGCUUGAAGGGGACAAGCGGGAAGAACAAACUACGCCAGCGGAACCGAUGUAUGAACCGAUCGCUGCACAGACUGAGGCCACAAACGCUGAAGAGCAUUUCAGUGCAACCGAGCUGCCAUCUGCGAAGUCCUUCCUCUAUACCAGUUGUGCGGCGGGCACGGAAAAGAAGUUGGCCGAUACUGAUGAGGCGUUGAUGGAAGAUGCAACGUCUUUAGUGUCGUCAGUUGCAAAUAGUGACAUAUUCGAGGACAUCUAUCAAACAGUGGAUGAAGCCAAGGCAGCAGCUGAGCAAAAAGUGGCUGAAGCCACUAAUGCCGCGCUCUUGGCUGAUUAUGAGUCCAUAGCUGGUUCGUGCGAGCACGCUACACCUGCAGCGAUCGGCGUUAGCGCAACCCAUGCCGGCAAGCCUUUGUACGAUGGCUAUGAGAUUUGUGAGCCACCACCCGACACACCACACAUGCUGGCCAACACUACCUCAACAAGUACUGAUGCCACUGGCAGUAGUGUAAUUCCCAAGCUCACCCAACAGAUCUCAAUGGGUGGCAGUAAUGUGCGCAACACCAACGAUGAACUGCCCGAGCUGCCUAAACCGAAACGUCGUCUGCCCAAAUCGCCCAUGCCAGGCAAGCGUUCACCCAAAUCUGCAGCCAAAACGUCCUCCUCUAUACGAGAAAUAGUGAGGACAGCCUCCAGCAGAGGUUGCAGCAAAAGCAGCAGCAAUAGCACCAUAACUGCUUUGGACGAUCAGGACGAUGACCAUCACUACUACGCUGAUGAUGAGAAUAUCUAUGACACCAUCAAAGGUUCACAUUGCUACGAAUCAUUGCAUGCGGCCAGCAUCGCUUUGCAAAAGUCCGCCAGCGCUGUGACGAAAUGCGGCAGUGAUAAUAUUUCGCUUACAUCCAAUUGUUACGAGAGCAUCUCGCAUUAUCGGCGCGCUAGUCACAGCAACGGUGGUGGCAGCCAUCUGACCGGCAGCAGUAGCGGUUCGACGCUCACCAUUUCAUCGGAUCACAAAACGAAUAGUUUGUACGAAAUGUCGGUGACGGCGAGCUUAAUCUACGGCACUGGCAGCGUAGGCUCUAGGCAAUCGGUAGCGGAAAAGACUAACGCGAUCAUAAGCGGGCGCAUUGGCGGUACCCAUAAUAGUGUGAGUGAUGAAAAUAGUGAUGUGCCUGCUGGUGCGAAGAGUUACUCUCAGUCGCAUGGUGGCGCGACGAGUGAUAAUAGCGAUGAAUGGGUGGAUAUAUCAGAUCCCGAGGCAGAGGGAGCGGAUCAGUUGGUGAAGGCGCAAUUCAUUGUCGUACGAGAACGCUCCAAGGCGCAUCGUAGUCCGGAUUGGUCAAAACGUGUUAGAGAUAAGCGCUUACAUCAAAAGAAAGCGAUAAGUUGCAUUGAAGAUGACUCCGAUCACUAUUAUGAGACACUGUCGCCUUUGGGAAAUAAACGCCACUCCACGCUGCCAGCGCAAGGCUCGAAUAACCAACUGCGGUUCAGUCAAGACUUACCCUAUCUGGCGAAGAAUGGCUCGCAGCGUGGUAAACAAUACUCGGCUUCCAUGCAUGGUCUGGGCACUUUAGCGACAUCCGACGAUUACGACUCCUUCGACACGGAUACCGAUGAUAUCUAUGAGGUGGAUGAGAAUACAAAGAAUCAUGACAGCGGCGUGGAUAUACGCAAUGUGAAACUUCCUGAUCCACCCCCUGCCACAAAUCAAGUAUACGCCAUUGUACGCAAGCUCAAGAAUUUCAUCUCUAGUAAGAAGUCCACGGGCGCACAUUCUAAGUACGGCGACAGUCAGCAAAAGCUCUACGAAAACUCCACCCAAUUCUAUGUGAGUGGUAAUAUUUAUGAAAAUACACCAAAGACUAAAUCCAAGACACAAAAAGAUGUAAAAAAGACGACCACACCCUCACAAGAUCAAGAUCUAUAUGAAAACACCGAGUUCCAUAGUCCACCCGCGAUCGCCGCAGAGGGCAAACAGCUUAGCGCUUCGGAAAAACAUUUAAAUAGUCCAACGGAUGUCAGAGCCGACACGUCUAACACCAGCACCACAUUGCGUUCCAAGUCCAAGUCGGUUAAGAGUUUCAAGUCACGUUUGCGAAAAAGUCUAGUCGGUUCCACUUUUGAUAUGAAAAAUUUAUCGACGUUGGCGCCUACACGUAGCACAUUUUACAUUGAAGAUCCCACCUACGGUGGUUCGGGCGAGUUAGAUUCAGGUUUUUCUGAGAAAGCCUCGUCCGGAGAUCUUCCCACGGCACCCAUAAUACCUACACCCGAUUCACAAAAAUUCUCUACGGUUGCGCGUAAGGCGAAAAAGGAGGCGAAGACGUCUAACUCACAGCGGCGGCGCACCACGAUUGGUAUACGUCCGCAGGAUCCACCACCGCCGCCACCCGUCGCUUCUUCGACCACGUCUUGGUAUGCCGAGUGUGGCGUCUUCAAAAAUGGCACAACCGGUAUGCUGCAGGAGUCGGAGAUUUCGUUGAACGAUAGUAAGACGAGUCAGAGUGGUUCCUCGAUUUUCAAUGGAAAUUCUUGGUACACCGAAGCGGGUUUGUAUCAGACCAGUGGCGUAUCUGUGGCCAGCUCGAGCGGCAGUUCAGGUGUUUCAACUGGAAAUGAAGGCACGCUAGGCGAUGAUCUGCCACACAGCAUGUUCCAGAAUGAGCCGCUCUAUCAGAUCUACAGCGCCGCUAAACUGGAGUCUAUAACGCGCGACAUGGAGGGACAUGACAGCUCGACGGAUGGUUAUGAGGAGAUCGGGCAGAAUGGCACGACUAGCGAUGCGCGCGCGAGUAUUCAAAAACAUCAACGACCCAGCGCUUUCCAGCUAAUCGAGCCAAAGAACGGGCCAUCACGUACGUUAUGGAGCGAGAUACCGGAGGUUAUCAGUUCGUGUAUUUUGGCCACUUUGACGCCGCGUGAGCGCAGCCUGCAGGAGGCGAAAUUCGAAAUUAUCACCUCCGAAGCGAGUUAUCUGAAAUCGCUGAACCUGCUGCGUAGUCAUUUUAUGAAUCAUCCUAUCUUUCGCGACACAAAUGUGGUGAGCGCGCGUGAUCGCAAAGCUUUGUUUGCCUACAUUGUGCCCGUGCAUGAAUGCUCCGAGAAACUGCUCACUGCAAUGGAAUCCUGUUGGCAAGAUAACAUUAUGCUCAUCGGUUUGAGUAGACGCAUCUUCGCCGUCGCUGAAAAAUAUUUCCAUGUGUACAUCUCAUUUUGCGAACACCAAGGUCGUAUGGAUAGAACAUUGCGACGACUGAAGGAGAGUCGCGGCAUUUUUGCGCAAAAUCUGCAUCUCCUUGAAACGAGUCCAACCUGCUGUGGCCUAAAUCUGCAUUCUUUUCUUAUGCUGCCAAUGCAACGUAUCACCCGUCUUCCGCUACUCAUUGACGCCGUUUUCAGCAAAGUCAGCCCCAACGAUGACGAAUACGAAAACUGGAAGAUGACGCUAGCCAUUAUGAAUAAGAUUGUGACACAGUGCAAUGAAGCCGCUAAUCGCUGUGAGCAGGCGUACGAGAUCGAACGUAUAGCGCGACAGCUGGAAUUUCCUUCAACGAUACGCGCAUUAGCUAUAGCGCCAAUGGGUAUACCUGCAUCCGGUUCAAAGCCACGGUUCCUAGUGAAGCGUGGUGAGUUGACGCAUUUCAUUUGGCGUGGGGACGAUAUUAAACUUACGUUUGGCAAAAAGUUCUCCAAAGUGGCAAUAUAUGCCUUCCUCUUCUCCGAUCUGCUCGUACUAACGAAGCGCAAAGGCGAGGAACAAUUCGCAGUCUUCGACUAUUGCCCACGCAACAUGUUGACCAUCUCCUCCGGUGAUCUGCGGGACAUUAGCCAGACGCACAAAAAUCUAAUACUGAUGACCUUGCUGGAGAAUCACGAACGCAAGACUGUGGAGCUAGUCCUUUCUUGCCCAUCAGUUUCCGAACAGGAACGUUGGUUGCAAGCAGUUCGACCACCCGAGCCAGAGACGCCUGGCGAAAAGCUUUACGCGCCCUGGGAUUGUCCGCAGGUGAUAACGAAGCACGCAUACGAGACGAGAGAACCAGACGCGCUGAGCCUGGAGGUGGGUGAUGUGGUGAAUGUGACGCGGAAAUUGCCAGACGGCUGGUAUCAGGGUGAGCGCAUACGCGAUGGCGUUAUCGGUUGGUUCCCAGGCAGUUAUACGGAAGAGGUGAAUUCAGCGCAUGUGCGCGCACGCAAUUUGAAGCAACGCCAACGGCUGCUCACAUUCACAGCCACAUAUCUCGAGUCGCAGAAGCGCAAGUAGGUGAUCAAUUUUUGUGAAGAUACUACAUAUAGUUAGGAUAGUAUCUCAAGGCGUUCGUCGUGGUCAUAAAUUGGUUUUAACAAAACUGGGCGUGCAAAGGAUGUUUUUGUGCCUUUUAAAUUUAUAUAUAUAUACAUUUAUUAGAAAAUAUUUUUUACGUAUAUUUAAGGGUUAAAGUUGUAACAUACAUAUGCAAGUAUGACUUUAACCAAUAAUAUGAAAAUAAUGGACCAAAUUUCGUUGUCUAAAAAUUCUAUAAAAUAUUUAUUAAAAAAUGUGAUAAAAAUAUGAAUACGCCUAUGAAAGUGUACAUAAAAGUUGGUUGUUAUGAGAAAAAUUAUUAUUUUUAUUUUAUUAGGUAAGAUGAAAAAGUAAAUUUUGGUGAAUAUAACUUGUAACGGAAUAUCUAGUGCGUUAAAUUGAACGUUUUAAAUACUUUGUUAAAAAUAUCUUUAAUCCGAUAGAAAUUAAUGUAGAUACUAUAAAUUAUUAUUAAUUAAAUUUAUAGGAGGAUAAGCCUAACUCUAAGAACUUGAUUUAAAAUCUUACAUGACUAUUGAGUAAUAUAUAUAAAUAAAUCUCCACAUCUUCAUGAUAUGUGUAUGUAUGUAACUAAAUACGUUUAAACAUA